AUCGAAACAUGAGUUGACAGAGAACAUUUAUAUGGAGCCUUACAAAACUGCUGAACCAGAUCGCAAUCUAUUUGAAUUUCUCAUCUCAAAAGCAACUAUAAACACUCUACGCAUGAAUGAUGGCCAGCGGAUCAAAAUAUAAGGAGCCCAGAGUCAAUCACUACAGAACAGAGACACAACAAUUAAUACAAAUGAUGAUGCAGGAGUCUCGUCUAACAGACUUUCAGCAGAGGCAGAUCAAUAAUCAGCUGAAAAAUGGCGGCGCUCUUCCACUAGCAUUUGAUCCCACGCCGCUUGUGCCCAGUGUUCAGUCAGAGCCCAGAGUCACUAGAGUGACCGCACUGAUUGGUCAGCAGCAGAGACGCAGUGCAGAAAGAUGCCGUGCUGGAGAUAAUUACAAACGAGAACAGUUCAAGCCUAAACCAAUACGAGAUCUAGAGAAAGAGAAGAGACAGCUACAAAAUCUUUUUUCUACUGGUCAAAAGGAUGUUGGGCCAACUCACUCCCAAAGAGAUUCCACAGAGAGAAAAGAGCAACAGAUAGAUCGAUUCCAAGAGGUUCUGGAUGAUAUUGAGGAGAGGAGGCAGUUUUUAGAGGACAUGAUGGCAGUGGGAAAAGGUCACCAAUACCAACACCUCAUCAACACAGAGAUUUCCCAGAAAAUCCAUGAACUUGAAAAGAUUGACAGGAAACGCAGUGAAGAACUAAGCACACUCAAGCUAGAUGGAAAAAAGGAACAAAGCAAAGAGAGGGAUAGAGAAGGUGAAAAUAUGAGUUGUUAGACAUCUAUGAGCAUUAAAAUUACUUUCAAAAGAGGUCAAAACUUCAGAGGGUUUUCUUUUAAGUAGGUUUAUUUUUAAUGUCCUCCAUCCUAAAAGCACAGACUGUUUUAGAGAAAACAGAAAGCCCUUGGAGUUGAUCAGGCACACAUACACUCUGACAGAACAAGCACAAUACUGAAAUCUGAUAAAUACAAUUAAACACCCAAAUACUUGGAGAAGACACACAAACUGAAAUGUCAACAAAAUAGUCAAAGGCACUCAACAGCCAAUGCUAGGACAUAUGCAUAAAUUAAACAGAUUAAAGGCACUCCUUCAGAAAUACACUCCUGCUUGGGUUUACAGAGAUUAAGUCCCAACACACAACAUGUGACAUUCUACAGUGAAAAUAAACCAUUUUAAAUUAAAACUUAAUAUUGCAUAAUCUUCAUCCAGGGUCUCUAAAGUGUUUGGAACAUCUAUUAUUGCUUAACAUGAAAAACCUUAAGAGUUAACAUUUUGUGUGUUUGCGCGGAGUUAUAGUUUAUAUAUUUUUUUUGUUCUUUUAUUAGACUUGGUUUAGACUUGUUCCCUCUUAUUUUAAUGUUCAUCUGUCAUCGAUUCUUCAGACUGAACAGCUGUCUGGUCAGUCUGUAACAAGCUCAAAGUUAAUUUACAAGUUUGAUGGUUUCUUACACUUUUAGAUAGGUUAACCUAAAUUUGACACUUCGCUUUUGCUAGUAUGAAGUUAUGCUGUGAACUAAUUUAAAAAAAAAUUCAUCAUAGGGUUAUAACCAAUGAUAUUGGUUAUAACAAUAUCAUUUAACAAUAUUUUCGAAGUUUAUAACAAUAUUAAAAGUAUAUUAAGCAAAUACUUUGGAUUUGGAUUCAUCAUUGUUUGGAGUUGGAUUCAUCAUUAUUGGAGUAUUCAUCAUUUCUGGCAUGUUAUAUUUGCCAAUAUUUAUUUUAACCCUAACUGAUGCAGUGUGUAGUUUUUUUUAUUACUUAAAUAUGUUGGAAGAUGUAUCCAGUGGCCAUAUUCUACAAUGCCAAGAUUCAUUGGGCUCAAAUUGUGAAAAAAUGUGGUUCAGGGAGCAUGAGGAAUAAUUUUCACACAUGAACUGGCCACCACAGAAUCCUGACUUUAACCUCACUGUGCUGGAGUAGACUUUACAGAGUGGGUUGACUUUCCCAUUGUCAAUACAUGAUCUCUGCCAAAAAUGAAUAAAAAAAAUGUUGGAAUGUUGCAUAAGGUUGUUGAAACAAUGCCACAACGAAUGCACACUGUAAUCAAAGUUAACGGUGGUUCAACAAAAGAGUAUUUAAAAUUUAAAAAUAAGAGUUUUUUUUUUUUUUGGCCAGGUGGUGUAUAAAUCAAUAUUAAUCAUAUUAAAAUGUGUAUAUUAAAAUGUUGUCCAGGGUAUGGUUGCACCAGCUGUUCAUGAGUUCUUGCUUAAACUGGAACAUAAAGUCCACACACUUUGUAACUUGGUUCUGAAAGCAGAUGCUAGUAAAUCGUAAAAUUAAUGCAUUGUUUACCUUAAAUUCAACAUCAGCUUUCAAAUUCAUGAGCAGAAGUGCGAUUUUCAGUUUAUCCUUUUUUUUUUUUUUUUUUAAGAUUUAUUUUCAGCAUUUUUUUACUUUAUUACUAUAGGACAGUGCAGAAGCGACAGGAAGUGAAGUGGGGGAGAGAGAAAGGGGGCGGGAUCUGGAAAGGUCCUCGAGCUGGGAUUCGAACUCGGGACGCCCGUAGCGCAAUGGCGCUAUAUGUUGGCGCGCUGCCCACAAGGCCGUCUGCGCCAACUUCAGUUUAUCGUCUUAAGAUUGAUUCCAAUUUCUUUUGCCUCAUGUAACUAAUGCUAAAAUUACGUUUCUAAGACUAUUCUGUAAAUAACAUUGUAAGUAACACUGUAAAUGACAAAAGGAGCAAUAAAUAAAUACUGAGGCAAUACUGUUUUUCUGUUCAGAUCUGCUUAAGUGCUGGAGAGCUGCAAGUCAGUUAUUCACAUAACAUUCUCUUUUUUAAAAU